GUGGACCAUAGCAGUGGACCACUCACACAGCUCAUACGACGACAAUCAGGAUCGCGUUCUGGAGGAUGCGCGCGUUGCUGCGUACUAAUUUAGUGACUUCAUGCAGUAACCCCCGGGGCAUCGAACGCAAAUCAGAAUGAUGGCUAGGCUUUCCCUUUUCAAGGCGACCAGCAGUAUGAUCAGCAACACAGAAGAGUUCAUCUGCCCCAUUUGUUUGGAGAUUUUUCAGAAGCCAGUCACGAUCAGCUGCGGCCACACUUUUUGCAGUGGGUGCCUGGCCCAGUGCAAGCAAGAUGAUCCCAAGUGCCCACUUUGCCGGUCCACCUUUGAUCCUAGCAAAACAGUGCGGGCCAAAGACCUCGCCAAGAACAUUUCUUCACUCAAGGCUGCCUGCUCAGGCUGUAGGAAAGUGCUCUCGCUGUCCAAGCUGCGGGCCCACCACAGCAACUGCUCAGAUGAAAUGGAGGGUGCUGCAGCCGCGCCUCCCGUGUACCAGCCUCCGCACAGUCAGUCAUCUGGCAAGGAAAACCGGUUCACCUUUCCUUGCCCCUACUGUGAAAUGGACAACCUGGAUCUUGCUGCCCUAAGGGACCAUUGCAAUGCCAACCACUACAACAGCCCGCACUCUGUGGUAUGCCCGGUGUGUGCAUCCAUGCCAUGGGGGAAUCCUCACCAGAAAUCCAUCAAUUUUCUAAGUCACCUCAACCUCAGGCACCGUUUCGAGUAUGACACCUAUGUGGACUACGGCAUCGAUGAUGAUGACGCCCUGCAGCAGGCCUUGGAAGCUUCCCUCAAGGAGAAAUAAAGGCCAAAGUGGCAUUCCGGCUGUUUGGAAAGACAUACCUUUCCUAUGCUUUUUUUACCAGUCAUGAUCAGCAUGAGAGAGGUCUUUCUCCUCAGAUGCUGGGUGCCACAUUUUUUUUCUGUUGCAGUUUUUAAAUAUAGGUCUUCAUUGCUGCAGGAACAGCACUAUAUGUUAGCAAUGUUAGUAGUGUCUCUCAGAGCUGCAAGUCUGACAAGGGUCAUGUUUGGAAACAGCAUCUUGCUUUCUAUCUCUUUAUUAAGGGGCUCACAAAAAUCUUUUAAAAGCAAUUGAAGAUUCAUUGUUAGAAUUAAUCUGAUUAACUAGUUCGUGGUGCAUGUAUUGAACCACCAACAAAGUGAGUGGGGGGAGGGAGGCCGCACCCAUACCCAGCUACAUUGCCUCCCAAGAUUUGCGGUGUUCUGCAGGAUUUUCAUGCCAUGCUGCACCAAUCUGGGAGGCAUUGUUGUGCUACACAAUGACUUUAAAUUUUGCUGGUACUUAAGGCACAUUUUAAAGAUAUUUUAUGGAUAUGAAGUUUAAUACAUUUGACUUAGUCUGAUGUUAUUAAAGCACCGUGUAAUUGCAUAGUGCAUAUAAAUAAGGACAGAGUUCCACUGCGGAGUGUUGCAGCCUUCUCUGCCAAUCUAAGUUUUCAUGUUAACGAUCCAUCCGUCACUGACUUCUCUCAAUAUGAUAUACAGUCGAUCCUGGAUAUAUCGAGCUCCAAGGAAAUUGCGAAUAGAUUGAUAUGUAUCGAUAAUUAUAAAUACAAAAUUUGCCUAUCUGAUGCUUAUGUGAAAUCUCCGCCUGUCUCAGACAGUUUCUUGAGGUCAUGAAAAGUGGGUAUUUACCAAUUUGCUACCUACUCUAUGGCCAUGUUGAAUGUACAAAAGUUUACUCAUUUUCUGAACAAGAAUGUUGCAAGUUGCUUGUGCUGUGGAGUCUCAACACUAACCCUAAAAGUCUCUGUCACCCAGUUGCAAGACUGUGGUGCACCUCGCAUGCGUUGGAAGUGCUUGGUGUGCAUUUUUAUUCAGGAUGAGGUGGAAAUAGACACAGCACAGAAGCAAACCAGCCUGUAUAGAUACGCGCUGUGCUCGGCGCCAUCAAUGCAACCUAUACUGCCAAGUUCUGCAUGUGCCCAGCUGUGUGUCCGUUACAAUACGCCGAUCAAACGGCUGAUUGUCACACGUUGGCAACAAAUCAACCACAGCAGACUGUUCCGUUGCGUUUCGGUUUCAAAACAGACUUCCUGUCGGCACCAGUCCUUGCUUCCUGUCCACCCUAAGCUUCUCUAAGUCCGCCUGUCACUUCUUGCGUGCUGCUCGGUGCUCCAAUGCCUCUCAGUCCUUCCGUUCUCGGCCCUUCCUUUCUGAUCAUUGCAUCUGUGACUGCCAAAACUACAGACACUGCUAGAUUCAAAAGUGGCUUUUAGCUUGCAGAACAUCCGAGUCCAUUCCCACUCAUGUGCAACUCUGCGAGCUUGAAUGUAAUGUGUUCAGCAGGGACUAUGGAACUCCAAAAUGUCGCGGAAAGCCCUUGUCUACAAGAAGAUAAACCCACCAGUGCAGACAUGUUCAGUUUGGCAACCCAUGCUAUAGCCACUUAGUCAAAAGAUCAAAUAUCAUACAUGCUUUCCUGUGGGACGCAUAUCGGUCUGGGAGGCCUUUUGCAUUCUUGAAACGGCGCGGCGAUCUGCUCUUGCUGAUAACGAACAGCCGCAGUUUGCACGAGCCAUCUAUAUGCACCACAAGCGAAACUGAGAUGCGCACCCUGCUCUCUUUUCCUCCAUGGCAUGUACUGCUCUUCAGGUACUAUGUCUUGCUUGACAACACCUGCCAAAACAGUGCUGUCUUGAGCUCAUCGCCAUUAAAUAUUCCCAACGGCGCGAGAAGUGAUGAUGUCCCCAUUAGAAAAGCACACUUGCAGGGACACGGCGUUCGAGAUAUUGAAUGUGGCAGUGAACGCAAUUUCGACUUUUGCAUGAAAUUUCCAAGGGCAUUUUACAACUGUAUAAUAUAAACAAUAAUUUCAUACACCCGAGUUUGAUAUAUCCAGGAUAUACUGUAUUUUAAUGUCUCAUAAAUUUGACUUUUCUUUCUCAGUUGUCGGUCUCUUUAGGACCUGGACAGAGUACAAGAAUGUGAAUAAGUCUGUGUGCACUAUUGUCUAGGUACUUUGUCAGUCAUGCAUAUCAUUGACUUAAAUGCUGUCCUGCACUGCAGAAGCACAUGAAAGAUGUGAAUCAUGGCACCUUAUGUCCACCCACUCACAAAUGUGCCAGCUGUAAAUGUAGAUACAUGUUGCUGUUUUCUAUGUUGCUCACAAGAAUGGUUUGUAGCCCUUGAAACUCAUGUGACGCAUUUUGGCAAAUGUAAAGCACAUGGUUAAGUGUGGCCAUACUGUAUAUCAUGGUCAUUUGCCAACCUUUAGAGAUGCACUCGGUGUUUGGAGUAAUAUCUCUGGUUGAGUAAAUGACAGCACGCUAAUAGCAUGUGUAGAAUGACCUUAUAAAGGGCAUGCUACAGCAGUCUGAUGUAGAGUGUGUCAUCUUGGUGACACCCUUAAGACCGUGCCAUUUGUGUGUUGUAGUAGUGGCUAUUGCGGAUUGCUUCAAAGGCUGAUGUCUUCAGACAGAGUGUAUCUCAGCAUUGUUAAUGAAAUGGUGUUUGGAAUUACCAUCAGUGACUGUUGACUGUUGGUUCGUGCACUGUGCAAUGACAGCUUUAGAAUAGCUAACGUGUCUUGCAGCAAGUGUGCGAAAUGUUGUAUCUGUUAGGAGAGACUGCUUGACAACUUGUUAAGCUGAAAGGUAGCCUUGCUUCAUAUCGUAAUAUCUUCCUUGUUGGCUCUUGGUUACAUCCGCUUUUCACAGUUCAAAUCUCGUGCAGUAGGUAAAGAUCAUGGCAUUAGCCUCUUAAAAGCCGAGCUAUUCCAAAAGUGCCAUUCAUACAUUUUAUAUUACAGCUACUCUGCAUUUAAGUUUUCUCUUUGAUGUCACUGUUGACAAGGAGACAAAAAUGCAGAAAAUAGUUAUACAAAAUAAAUUCCAUAAUCCAUUGUGCAGCCUCAUCCCAUAGACUCAUUUGCACGAUAAACGAACUGCUGUGGUUCGGGUUGGUAUUAGUGGGUAGCAUUAUAGCUGUGUCAACGAACAGCGGGAGCCAACCUUCAUGAUUAUAAGCUUUUACAAACACUCUUUCUUGGACAUCUUUCUUUUGCAAUCCCCGAGAAAAAUAUUGUAUUUUAACUUGCCACUGGGAGACUGUUGCUGGUUUGUUGCCAGUGUGCUAGUCACACAAGUGAUCAGCUGGAGUGGUUAUGACGAGUAGGUUAAUGCAUUCCACUUUUUGUAAUGCAGGUACAUUACUUUUUUUGUAUUGUAUUUUGUUACUAUGCAUUAAAGAAAAAAAAGUGAAUGUCUUGACCUGUACUGUCACAAGUGCAAUUGCUUGGACUACUGUAGUCACAAUGUACUUAACAAGUAACUGUAAAUAUAAGACAAGGUUUUAUGCUGUACCAUCAACCUAUACAAGCAAGCAAGCUGCUGUGAGCCUUGACCAACCUGUAUUUUUCAUGCCUUUUAUACUGUCUCUAGUGUCUACAUACUAAUAUCUGUGCAGGGCUCAUAUGUGUAAACUGCCCUACUACAAAGAGACUUUGUAGUACAUUUAAAGGAUCAUUGCACUGAGAAAUCGCUUUUAUCACUUCAUAUUCCAACUCCUUGAUGUUUGCUCAGUGUAAAGGCCUUUCAUUUGCAUGACACAAUGAUGCAUGUGUUGGUCGCGUCUAAUCCUUGAGACACCAUUGUGCUUUGGUCAAGUCCAAAAGCGCCAGUUCACAACAGGUGUGCUAUUGAAUGACCACAGGAGUGCUAACUUGGACCUUCUGAUACACAUUCCCCAUGAAGAAAUACAUGCAAUGUGGACAGAUUUGGUCACGUUACAGAAUAUUCAAAGGUAGGCAAAAGUAAGACUUCUGACACUUGCACAAACCACAGAACUGUCGUUUCUAUAAACCAUGCAUUGCCUUUUCAUGCUUUGAGGUUUCCAAGAGCCAGUUAGAAGCUGUCAGUAUUCAUUGCACAGCAACAUGCCUUGUUCAAGUAGGCUGCUGUUUUAAUGUGUCAACAAAUGCCAUAAAUUGGGAUUAAUAGAUGUGAAACAUUGUAGACUGGUAAAGCUAAUCAGCAGUGAAGUAGCUUGCGUGGCUGGCUGGUCUUAAUACCAGCCAGCAACACAAUCGGCAGUGUCAAAAAGGAAAAGUUUAGAAGACUGGCUGAGGAGGCAGUCUUUCUUUCUCUUCCCGUCUGGAAGAGCGGCCAAGCAAUUCUGUUUUCAUUUAGCCAUCUUUGCUUAAUGUUUCCGUAGCUAAAAAAAUCAAUUUCGAAUUAAACAAAAGUUGAUCGAUCGGAUUUAACUGGUUUAGAAAAUCCCAAUUCAUUUAUUCUGGUCCCAGUUUAUUUUGACCGUGAAAUUGGAAGUUUGCGUUCAUUAAAACUGCACUUCGUAUUGCACUGUAGACCGGGGGUCUCAAUUAUGUGGUCUGCAUGCUGCCCAUGGACCUCAUUUAUGCAACCUAUGUGGCUCUCCCAAGCGUCCACUCCAAUUUACCUUGGCCUUUGCAAAUUCCCUUUCUCUCUGCCAAAUUUCAGUGUGAACUACAGGCAGCCACAUACCAUGUAUACAGCCCAACGUCAGACUUGAGUUAGAGACCUGCUGUGCACAUGUGGUGCAGUCUCAUCUCAUUAAUUUCAACCUAUUUUAAUCGAACCGACGCUGUGGUCCUAUCAAAAUUUUUUAUUUCAAUGCGAAAAUGCCUGGUAAUUCGAAUGCUUGGGCGUUUGUGACAGUUAAUUCCAACAUCCCGCACUGCCAACCAAGUUCUCAGCAGUGUGCCAACUUGCACACCUGCUGCUACUCCCACCUGCCAUUGGAAGUGCCUUAUUUCGACGUGCAUAAUGCGUGGCACAAAUUUCAAAAAAGUCGGGGUGCGGGUUAUGUGCAAACCUUUUCCAUUGGUGUGGCUUAAUGGCAGCACGUGCUGUGCUGCCGUAAAACCACACUUCCGGAACUUGUUACUCGUGUUAGCCCAGUGCACGUGCACCGCAUAAUGCAGUGCUGCACACAAGUGCUAGUCAAAUAAGCCUCCUCGAAUCCCAAGUCCGUUUAACUUGGAACAAAUUUUCGUGCCGCAUCGAGUUCAAAUUAUUGACAUUUGACUGUGUUUCUGGGAGUUAAAACAAAUUUUCACUUUCUCCCCUACAUUGACAAUGGGAGUAUUUAGUUUUCAACAGCAAAAGAUCUGUGCAGCUUGGUCAUUUCACACAAGAUAAUAUUCCAAUCAUUGCACACACCCCACUAACAAGCAUUGCUCUGUGAAUGUCUGGAAAUAUUCCCUGCCGGUAAAUGCUUCUACUAACAUAUGUGGCCUGCCAGUCACACUCUCCCUUUUGCCACUGCAAAAGGCAUAGUAUGUCACAUGUUGACUUUCUUCCUUCCUCCUGCAGAGGAAGGUUGAGUGCCCUUGAAAGUUUGACUUUCUUUUUGAAACCCCGAAUUUGCCUUUUUUUUUUACAGCUUUUGUCUAAUAGCAUUUGUUUAAUCUUGUGCACUCAAAUGUGUUGGCAAACACCACCUUGCCCUGCCCUUGCAGUGUGCCCAUGUAUGAAGCCUUGUCGAGUAUCAUUUAAAGCCAAAUUUUAGCCAGUGAAAAACAGUUGCUUGAGAUUUUGCAGGGGUUGGAAAUUUACAUUGCGCUUCCACACAAUGUAGACAACUUAGUAUUUGUUUCAAUUUCUGUGCACUACAAGAUGAUUUGCCCAACAAUGUUGAUACUGGUAAGCAGGAGUUGCUGCUCUUGCAAAAGUUGUGGAGUCUUCCCAUGUGGUGUUUAAUGGACACUUUUCAUUUUUCACUUUUGUACACCGUUUGUAAAUAACCUCUAUUCAAUAAAAUUAUUUGAAAGAAA